AUGAACGUGAACUUGCUUAAUUGCUUUCUCAACAACAAGGCAAGACUUUUGGGGGUUUUUUUUACCAGCAGAGAAAGUCUUCUGGAUAGUUACACUGCUGAUGGAUCACAAGGAAUACAGGGACCUCCAGGGAAAGCUGGACCUCCUGGCUCAAAAGGAGAUCAAGGGGUGAAAGGGGAGAAAGGUGAUAGUGCAGAACUUGAAGUUCUUCAAACCCAGAUUCGUGAUUCGCAAGCAGAGCUGAGGGCCCUAAAGGAGACUACAAGUAGGAAUCAGAAAGCCAUUCAAGGUCACGCUUUCCCAAACUUCACCAGAAUAGGAACCAAAAUCUUUGCAUCUAAUGGAGCUGAAGCUGAUUUUGAAACUGCAAAAACCACCUGUUACAACUUUGGAGGACAGCUUGCAUCUCUGAGAAACUCAGAGGAAAAUGAUGCCAUAGCAAAACUGGCUUCAAAGGUAGGAAGGCAUGCCUUUCUUGGAAUGACUGACCAGGAGACAGAAGGCACUUUUAAGCAUCUUAGUGGGGACACAAUGGAAUACUCAGGGUGGGCUGCAGGAGAAGCUAAUGGAGAACAUGAGGAUUACUUGCAAGGCAAGUUGGUUAAUCCUCUGUGAGUUUUAAUCUGACCAUCCUUCUUUGAGUUUGUCAGGUGGCAUGAACAGAUUUGCAGAGUUCAUGACAUUCACCUAUAAGUUCUAAAUGUGACCAAACUGACCUUAUUCACUCUGAGCUUCAAAGACUGGUAGAAUUUUACAAGGUUUGCUUGGGCAAUGGUCAAAGAGAUGAACA